GGACAGAUAAUUUGAUGGCAAAUUGACAAGUACUGGGGUCUCUUAAAUUAUUUUAGCGAGUAUUUAUUUACGUAUAAUCCAAUUAUAUUUGAUCAGUGCUGUGUUGAUAACAGUUGUACCACUUAGUUUGACUUAUAUUACAUCAUACAAAUAAUAUAUCUACUAUACAAAUUCUAUUUUAUAGUACAAUACAGAGUGGAAAUAAGUGUUUUUUAUUAUCUAACAGUGUGACAAUUGAUCAAAUAUGAUACCAGAUAACGUGACACUGAUUGUAAAGGCUCCUAAUCAGCAAAUUGAUGAUCAGAAUAUCGAGUGUGAGUCGUCAUGGACAGUCAGACAACUCAAAGGACACCUAUCUGAAGUUUAUCCUAGCAAACCGAAAGCAGACGAGCAGAAAAUUAUCUAUUCUGGUCAGCUGUUAGAGGACAACGCCAUUUUAAAAGACGUGCUAAGAAACUAUGAAAGUCAAAUAGCACAUACUAUGCACUUAGUUUGCUCAUCGAAAAGAAUGCAGGAAAAUACCCCAGAAGUACCUAAGACGGACGGUCUACGACAGAGAAAUGUCACGACGGAGAAUUCUCAGCGCCCAACAGAAACUACACCAAGACCGGAAAUGAGGCAAAAUGAUCAAAACCACACGGUCGAAAUGCAGAACUAUCUCACAUCCUUCGUCAACAACUAUGGAAGGGUUCCGCCCUAUCCUAACUAUAAUUUCGGAGAAGGCUACCUGCCUGUUCCGAAUGAUCCGGCAUCUAUGGCCAAUCAUAUGCUGAUGAUGCAACAGGCAUAUAUGCAAUAUAUGCAGCAAUAUGCUAACAUGAGACAAGCAAUGGCUACUGACACCGCGAUUCCACCCGCAACAGAAACCCCACCACCACCAGCGGAGGCACCAGAGCCAGAGCUAGAUGAGGGCGCAGCGAGAGACUGGCUGGACAAUUUGUAUGCGGCUUCAAGAUUUGCGAUACUCUUGUCAUUGUUCUGCUUGUACGGAAGCCCUGCGAGACUUCUACUCGUUAUAUUGUUGGCGGCAGCUGGUUAUUUACACCAAAUAGGCUUCUUCCGCGACUUGAACGUGAAUCCAGUAAAUAACGGGCAACGCCGUAACGAACCGCGCAACGGACAAAGAAACGAACCGCAAAAUAACGACGACCAGGAACAAAAUCAAGGCAGUCGACAACCGAACGAACAGCAGGAAAAUGAUAACGAUAAUCAACAAUCCUUGCUAUCGGUUACUUGGAUGAUAUUCACGUCAUUUUUCGCGUCAUUAAUACCGGAUACAAAUUAAUGUUUCUUUUAAAGCGAUUUAGAUCUCUUAACACCAUUCAAGUAUUUAAAACGAAACUUCAUAAUUGAUUUCUUAAAAAUAUAAAAAUGAUACAAAUAACUUUUUAAUAUCAUAUACUUGCUUGCCUGGCUCGAUGAAAUACCAGUGAAAAUGUAAUUGCUUUACAAACACUGCAUAUACGAGAGCAUGUUGAAUUAUCUUCGAAAAAAAAUUAUUUAUUAUAUACUUCGAGUUAUUGUCAAAGCCGUGAUAUAUAACUUCGCUGAAGGUAAACCUUUGUGACCUUUGAGUGACAUUCAAAUAAUUAUUAAAUAAUCAAAUCUAGCAACACUAAAUUGACGGAAAUAAUGCGUGAUUUGAUUCUUCGAUUCUUUGACAGUUGCGACAGUUAUUGUCAAUGUGUCAAAAGUGCCAAAUGGCGGCUCAAUCAGCGGACACAUUGAACGUGAUUGUUCAUGUUGAUUGGUCAAUCACAGAUUGUGUCUAAUGUUUUUACAAUCCAACUAACGUUAGGUCCAUUUAAACUGAUUUAAAUACUGAGAUUUAUUGUCAUAUAAUUGGUCAGCAUUAUAUCUUUUAUUAUUCCCGAGUGCCCCUAAUUCAGUUACUGGCAUACAUAAUAUUUAUAAAAAAAAAGUUUUACCGCGAAAUAUAUGGUUGUAUGAAUGUUUUAAACGUGUGAACUGACGUUAAACCAAAUAUUAAUUGUAUAUAACUUAUACUAUAACUAGUUUACCUGUGUUAGAAUUACGUAUAUUUUGAUGAUAUUAAAAAUAUGUACAGAGGAAAUUAACAUUUUGUCCUUUUGUAAAUAUUAUUAUGAUCGUUUUUGCUUUUAAAAUUUGCCAUUUAUUAAUUAUAUGGUAUAAAAAUAGUUAUCUGUAUUAGGUAUAGAAAUAUUGUUCAUGUAAUUGUAGAUUUUAAAGUAUUAAGUCAUGGGUGAAAAAAUAUUUUUGUUCAUAAUUGGUACGAUGUUUGUUAAAUAUAAUAUAAUUAAUUAGAUGUUAUAGGUAAUAUUUAAUAUUGCUUUAACAUUUUAAUUGGGAAAUGAUGUAAUGGCUUGAAUAUUUUUCGAAUCGAAUGAUGGUUAGAACGCUUCGGUAACAUUUCGAAAUAUGUAAGAUCUGCUCAUGUGAUGGUUGGAGGUACAAGUUGAUUUGGUUUAGUCAUUAGUAAGGCUGCUGCGUUUUAAGCGUUACAGCGCUUUGAAUUUGUAAAAAAAAGUCUUACUUGAGCUGAUGGAGGUUAAUUUGUCACAUGAGCAAAUGAUAUAGAAAUUUUACUUUCCAGCUAUCUAACUCAGAGGUUUGGGUAAACAUAUUAAAAGAGAAAAUUAAUGUAAAGUCGAAAUGUAAUUUUGCUUGAAACAGGCCUGUCUCGUUUUAAAAGGGAAUUUUAUUACUUCCAUGAUUUAGUUAGUUUAAUAUUGUUUUAUAGUUACAUAAAUCUAUACCCAGUUUUUAUGUCAAACAAAGAUCACGCAUUUUGUAAUAUAAUUAAGGUUAUUUAUGUAAACAGUUUAAGAGCAUGCGAAAUGAAAUCAUAAUCAUACUGUGAUAAGUUCUGUUUUCGUUUGCGAUCUCGUGAAUAAAUUUUUAAAAUUUACAA